AUGAUGGUCAUUUCAUCUGGGAAUAAUCCUUAAAGGGCAAGGCACGCUGGGAAUUUAUGGGCUCUCAUAAUUACGAUUUCCGUUAUUUUCCGGUUUUAACUUUUUAACCUCCCCAAUCGAGCUCCAGGGUUUUAAAUUCCCUUUUCUUCUUCUUCUUCUUCUUCUUCUUCUUCUUCUUGGAAAUUGAGGGUUUCAGAAUCUCGAAUUUGGGGGAAAUUGAGGGCUGAAUUGAAACUGUUUCGAUCUGAAUGGCGGAUCAGGAGGAGGACCUGCAAAUGGCACUGAGGAUGAGUAUGCAGAAUUCGCCGCCGGAGCCCAAGCGGAACAAGCCCAGGGACGCCGAUUCGCCGGCGGAGGAGUCGUCGGAAGUCAAGACCCGGCGACUUCAGCGAGAGCUCAUGGCUACUGCAGCCGAGAGGAGAAUGCUCGACGCCAGGGCCAACGCUCCUCCUACUCCUCCUCCGGCUGCCUCACCGGUCUCCGUUUCCAGGUCUGCGGCGGGCUCGGGUUCGGGUUCGGGUUCGGGUUCCGCGCCCAAUGUGGUUAUGAAGGAGAGGGAAUUGGGCGCGGAGUUGAGCGUGGCGGAUGCCAAGCAGUUGUUUUCGAUGGUGUUUGGGGCUGAGGUUUCCAAGGGCAUUCUUGCGCAGUGGAGUAAUCAGGGUAUAAGGUUUAGCCCUGAUCCAGAAACAUCGAUGGGUCUAGUGCAGCAUGAAGGUGGGCCCUGUGGCGUUUUAGCAGCCAUUCAAGCACUUGUUCUCAAAUACCUCCUUUUCUACCCAGACGGACUAGGUAAAGGUGCACCAAACAUGCAUCACAAUUUGGGUUCAAGGACACUUUCUAGUCAUUGUGUUGCAUCGACUAACUUUUCCUCACUUUCUGAAGAUGCAAAAGCAAGAGCAUUGCUUAGAAGUAUGGGUGAGAUAUUGUUCUCAUGUGGAAGUAAUAAAAGGGCGGUGGUUGCAACUUUGAGUGUUAUUGGAGAUGACGUUGAGAGGUUUGAAGGCAGCAAGGAUGAAGUAAUAGCAAAAUCACUUGAGGGCCUUUCUAUUGAAUCAGCUGCUGACUUGCAUAAAGUGCUAAGAGUUAACACAUACACGACGCAAGAAAGUGCAUUACGGGGGCUAGAAGCAGUGAUUCCUGUUUUCCGAAGUCGUAUGGGGGCAUUGCUGUUCCUUAUUUCUGCUUUGCUUUCACGAGGACUGGACUUAAUCCAGGCUGAUAGGGAUGAUCCCAGCCUACCUCUUGUCACUGCUCCAUUUGGGCAUGCCUCACAGGAAAUUGUGAACUUACUGCUCUGCGGGCAGGCUGUCCCAAAUGUUUUCGACGGAAAGAUGGAUUUAGGUGGUGGUAUGUCUUUAAAGGGCAUAUCCAGAACCGUGGAAGUUGGAUUCCUCACACUGUUGGAGUCCCUUAAUUUCUGCAAAGUUGGCCAGUAUUUGAAAUGCCCCAAAUGGCCAAUUUGGGUAGUUGGAAGUGAGUCUCAUUAUACAGUUCUCUUUGCUCCUGAUACGAAUGUCCAGGAUGAGAAUGAACUGGAAGGAAGGGAAUCACAGAUUCGGAAAGCUUUUGAUGCACAAGAUCAGAGUGGGGGUGGUGGUUUCAUUAGUGUUGAAGGCUUUCAUCAAGUCCUUAGGGAAACUAAUGUAAAAGUUCCAAGUGAGAAGGUUGAUCUUCUUUGCAGCACAGGAUUUAUUGUAUGGAGUGAGUUCUGGCAGGUCAUUUUGGAUCUGGACAAGAGCAUGGGAGGCCUCAAGGAUUCAACUGGAUUAAUGGGCAAGAAGGUCUUUGAUCUUUACCAUUUUAAUGGAAUUGCAAAAUCAGAUCUGAAUGGAAGCCAGGUAAGCUCUGGAGGCGAGACUCCAGUGCAAAGACCUAGGCUCACAAAAUUGAGGGUGUCAGUUCCUCCAAGAUGGACUCCUGAAGAAUAUAUGACAGAUGUAGCAGUGUCCUCUAGUGGGAAUGAAUCCAAAGGUCAAGUCACAGAAGUUUCUAAGCCAGAGCCUCCUCAGCAUGCACCUUUGGUGGACUGCAUAAGAACACGCUGGCCCCGUGCUGUUUGCAAUUGGGUUGGGGAUGCGCCUAGUAUUGUCUGAAUUCUUUGUUAUCUGCGGAUCCUUUGUUGUACUUUAUUGUUGGAAGCACAGAGAGCUCAUUAUGUAAGAAGCACAGACUGAAGUGCUAAAAGGAUGAGUUUGUUUGGGUUAAAGUGCUGCUGUUAAAGCUGUGGAGAGGAUUCAUUGGUCUCGAGAACAUGCAGUGCCAAAGGUGUUCUCUAACGUGCGAGGUGCAGCUUCAACAACCAAUUCGAUUUUGAUUUGUCAACAUACUGAAGAAGGGAAUAUAUUCUUGUGAAAUUUAUUCUGUCCAAACUGUAAAAUCCAUUCAUAAUUUUAUCCUUGUUAUUGAGCAGAGGAGUUUUCAGUUCUUGGGAAGGUCUUGAAUAAACAUACAUCAAGCUGUCUCAUGGCCGGAAUUGUUGUAAUGGUUUUAUGUUACAUAUGUAUUACAAACUCUUCUCUAAACUCCAGACCCAAAAAAAAAAAAAUAUUUCUCUAAA